GGCCCGGGGCUCCCAUGGAAACGCCGGCCCCGGGGCCUGCUGGGGCCGGUAGUUUUCCUUCGGCAGCUCGUCAGACGACCGGGCUCGUCUCCGAGGCUGCCCCGGGUCAGGCGGGGUCCGCGGGCAGGCUGCGGAGAAGCCUACUAACCCAGAUAUACCUAUUUGUCUGUCAAGGUGUGGAUUAUGGAAGAGCAACUGAUAAACAACUGCAUCCUUGAUCAGUUUGUUAAUAGCCAUGAGCAGUCAUACGAAGAGUUUCUAAGCACAUUCACUUAUUUUUUGCAAGAGGAAGAGGGGAAGACAAUUCAAGGACGUAAAAAAUCCUUAAGAAAAUCAUUUUCUGCUUCUGAGAUCUCAAAUGGAGAUAAACAGGAUGGUUUCCCUGGAAGAGGCAAAGAAAAGCUCAUGUCUUUCCCACCACAGAUGCCAAAUGAGAAUAAGACGGUCAUAAAUGAGAGCUGGAAAGCUGGUGGCUCUGAUGGAAAUGGUCUCAGUCUAUCUGAAAGAGCACAGGUGGACCAUUACUUAGAAACAGACAUAGAUCGAGAGCCAUGCAGUGCAGGGUCAUUUGUUCUUCCAGGAGAGGUGGAAGAGACAGUGACUUGCUAUACACCUGCUUUUGAAAAGCCUGUUCAACGGAAGUUCAGAACCUCCUCAGUUGGACACACACUGAACAACAAAGCACAAGAGCUACUGGGAGAUGAUGUUCAACCAUUCUUACUUGAUGAGGAAUUUGAUUAUGACGAUGUGGCACUGACCCCUAAGUUCUCUGAAGCUGAGCUGAUGACCAUGAAAGAAUUGUCUGAAGAGAAGAAAAGGGGACAGAUGUAAAGCCCAGCAGGAGCUGAAGUCUGAAUCAGAUGCACCCUGAAUGGCAUUCUGUGCAGUGCUGGUGAAAUAGCAUUUUAGAGAAUAAAUUAAACUUCUCCUUGUACCCUUACUAAAUGCUUUUUAUCUGCAUGGACAGGAAAUGACAUCCUCAGGAUUUUCUUUGUUCCAUCAAGGUGCCUUGGAGCCUGAGGUUGGCUUUCUCUAGGACUCCUAGACUUAGUCUGAAUGAAAACACAGAAUAGAAAGGUAGUGCUUGCUCAAAGCUGCUUGUAUAGUAGACCUUCAGUCAGUGAGGAAUGUUUACCAUCUUUUUAAAUUUUGUGCAUUGAUUUGUUUAGGCAUUCAGGUUGGCUAAGGAGGUCUUUAUCGGUCCCUAAACCCAAAGGGAGUUUUGUAUAGAUCAGUGGCCUUUGAUGUUCUUAGCUCAGCUUCUUUGUUGUUUUUGAGGUGGUACAAAGCAGCUGGAAGGUGUUUGAAAUGACAGACAGCUCCGAAUUCCCAUUUGUUUAAAAAAAAAAAAAAAAGAAAAAUCCCUGACUGGAGUAAAGCCCAUCCAGCCUCUAGGCAUGCUGGAAUAACUGCUCCAUGAGACCAAAACAAGCUGGUGUGAUUCAGAAUAACAGGCAUGGCUACUCUGGCAUAUAUUUGGUAGCAACUAGCCUAACGGUAGUCCUAAGGCUGUCUGACUAUUUCUUUCUGUAAUGUAGAGCUGAAAGAACUUUUUGCAGCUAACAUGUUGGUCUGUAGACUCCUUCUCUGUCAUUAUAAGAUUUAAAGAUGUGGAGUUAUACCAGUGAAUAAAUUUGGGGGUAUUUUUUUCUCUUUUCUGAGUUGCUUUAGUUCUGCAGAGACAUAAAUAUGCCAGGUUAUUGUAAAUUCUUUUGAAAGAGUUGAUCAAAAUUGCUGCUGUGUAACUACUGACAAUUAAACUUGCAAUGCUACAAAAACCCAUCCAGACAGAAAGAAACAUAGUGAUCUAAUCCAUUAAAGAAAUUGGCAUCGAGAGGCUGUCAGAUUUAACUUUUUUUUUUUUUUGAGAUGAUUCUAGGUACCGGCUUAUGCCUUAUGCUUAGCAUCACUGAAAUUCAGCGAGCUCUGGAGUUUGAUAGAGUACAAGACUGUUUUGUUCCUUUGUCAGAAAUUUAUAAGAACAAAGAAUGGGAUGAGUAAGAAAUAAGUUCUGGAAGAGCCCUGUGAGCCAAUCCAGGAAGAGGAAACUGCUUUACCAAGACAGCAAGGUCAGCCUUUAAAGGCAUCAACAGAGAAACAGGGUAUACAACUUCCUUAACAUAGGUAUUUCUUGCAAAUAUGCAGUAAAGAACUUUUAGAUUAAGAGAGCUCUGUACAGUUUGUUAUUUUGAAAAUGAAGAAUCAACCAUAAAGAUGGCCUUUUGCGAGUUUAUGAAAUGACUGAUGAUGAAUUUGGCAUCUUUCUUUAUACAUAUAUUUUUAGAAAAGUACAAAGUACAGAAACUAUAGAUAAGUUGUGUUGGAGUCCUGUCAUCAGUGUAGUCAAUAUAACUUAUCCAGGGGUUCAUAAUGAUCUUCAGUCCAAAUCAGCUCUGGAAACUAAGUGCAUUUCCUAUUCAUUUCAUUAACAAUCUUUUUCUGUACAUGAGGGAUGCAUUCAGCCAUUCAGUUCCUCCUCUCACAGGCAGAUGAUUCUCUUACCAAAUGUUCAGAGUACCUAUUAAGCUCCGUAAGUGUCAUUCAGUAUAGUCAUUAUAUGGUUCCAUUAGAUGUAAAGAAACACUUUGCUGCAGAAUACCUAACAAAAUGGGAACUCUUUGGUAACAUUCAUCCUAAGCAGAGAAAUGAGGAUAAUUUACUUACACUUACAUUACUCUUUGCUCUUUUUGCUCUUUGUUAGCAGAGACAGAUACGAUAAUCUCUACCACAGUGGAAAUUAGCCAAUGUAGGCUAACUUUUCCAAGUGUGACAUGUUGGCUAUAUUGGACAUAUUAGUGGUUGUUUUUGGCUUGUACCUUUUAUCUGACUGUCCUUCACAGGGAAGGCCUAUUUUCCUUUUCUCCAUUACCAAAUCGUUUUUAAGAACAUACUUGAUGUGCAUGUUAGAUUUUAUACAUAUACAUGGAUUUAGCUACCGGGAUUCGUAUCUGUAUUUCUGAGGUGUUUUGAAGUCUGAAUAAUAUAUAUUUUUCCUCUUUAAUUUUUUAGGUUUUCAGCAGGAGUUGGUGAGGUACAUCCUCCUUUCCUGUUUAUGGUUUUUCUAAACACUUUUCCUGUUUUCCACAAGCAUUAAGGGUAAAACUCACACAUAGAAAAGGGAAGCGUGUGCUUCUUGGAGUCAGCUUUGUGACUGCUACAGUAUUGAGUGGAAAUAGCUUUCUAACUCACUGAUAGAUUUUUAAAUGCUGAAUGAACUCAUAGGAAAUGAAGGCUGUGUGAUGGAACUUUCUAAUCCCUCUGUAUUCAUAACUUCAUUGAUGUCUAAGGUGCAGUAGAAAUAUGUACCUAUCUUAGUCAUUGACCUGAUCAGCAGUGGACUUUUAGAUUACUGAGAUGUUACCAGAAGGAAAGCGACGGUUUCCUUCUGCAGUCUUCAGAGAUCCUGAGUCAUGAAGAGCAACUCAGAGACUCAGAACAAACUCUGAGAAGUUAGUAUUACUUUCACCGGGUCAGAAGUCUGAAGGGUUGUUUCCUUGGAUAGUUAUGGUCCAAGCUUAGAUAUUAAUGCUCUGAGUUGCUUCUUGUGGGUGUAAAAGGAAAAGUAAUUAUUUGAUGUGAUAAUGGCUUUGAAAGCAUAAGAUAAAAAUUCAGGAAGCGAAAAGGGAUGCAGACAGAUCUAUCUGAUUCAUACAUCAUCAUGGUUCUAAAUAUAUUUCUGCUAAUGCACAAAGGUAUCAUUAUAAACACUUGUAUACACACAGUGACACUGAAAGAAAAUAAUUUCAGUAUGGAGAGUACUCACCAGAUAAUUCAGAACCUUUUGAAGAAGGUGGCAUGGAAACAAAUCCCUGCUCUUAUGGAAAAGACCCUUUGAUCCUCUGGCCUUGAUUUUCUGCUGCUGUAAACUGGCAGGGUUCCACUGAGGCCAUUUGUGUUCAUACAACAGGCGGGAUCCUGGUAUUUACAGCUUUCUUAGCUGAAAGAAUUCAAAGCCAAAUCAAUUGCUGAUUUAACUCUACUGAAUGUAAGGCAAUAUGUAUAGCCCAUUAUCUUUAUGAGAAAAUAUUUAAAUGCUGAGACAAUGCAAACUAAACCUUAUCUUUAAUUGUUCAGUUAUUAAUUUUACACAAGUCAUUUUGGUGUUUCUCUAGUGGUGUGUGCUUAGAACAUUGUUUUUGCUUUGAUAAAAAUAUCAGAUACGUUUUCAAGUCAUGUUCAAAUAGUGAAACUUGAUUAUAUACAUAACUACUAAGCAUUCCCACUUCCUUUGAAAUUUUUCUCCCUCUGCAUCUUGGCGAGGGUCAGAAAUGGACUUAGCAUUAUCUCAAACUUGUUUUAAAAUUGUCUGCCAUCCUUUGUGAGAACAUGUACUUUGUUAUAAAGGAGGAUUCUCUGUUUGUAGCGAAACACUAACUUCAAUUUCCUAAUUAUUCAGCAACUUCAUGCAUGUCACAAUGUGGUUCAGUAGCCACCCAGUAUCAAAGGGGCACUUGGAUAGCAGGCUGAUUUGUAUCCUGUUUUUCCCUACCCUUGGUUUUACUCGGGAAUGUAAGGGAAAAUAGGAAGGCAGCGACUGGGAAGGGCUGAGGAAGGGGUUUGUUAGCCCUGUUUGCUUGCUGCAGCUGUGCUGAGAAGGCAUCUCACAGCCCUCCUCCACAGGCUGAAGCUCAGCUGGGGCUUGCUCAGGCCACCCACUACAAAGUGAGGAAGCCCCUGAUAAGGGAUCUCUCUGGCCUCUAGUUCCCUGCACUGCAGAGCCGAGUGCUUUCACAAGCUCCGGCAUUCCCACCAUCGUGUGCUUUCUUGUGGUGAGGUGUCAGUUGGCACAGGUGGGUCUGAGGUGCUGCAUGUGUCCUGGACCGUGCUGAGAGGGACAGGCCCUCCCCACACUCCUCCUGGGCACUCCCAGGUGCUACAUGUUUGUCUAUCCCCUGGGAAAACAAAGCUGACAGUUUUCUCUGACAUGGUACUAAUUAAUUUCACCUCAAAAGAUUGAGGAUUAAGGGCUCCUCGAAAGGUGACGAGAACACUGAGUUUGUGACUGCUGGCUGUUGGAAGUGAUGCCUUGUUUUUUGCUGGCAAGAUACUGUAAGCCAGUGUGGCAGGUGUACAAGCUGUGAAAAGCCACGGAGUUAGAACGGAGAUCAUUUUACUGCUUGUUUAUGAGAAGUUUGCAAGAAGAAAAGCAAGUAUUAGAAAGUACCGUCAUUUGUAUGGACAGGCCAGUUUAUUUGCGAUUGCAGUGCCCCACAGUUAAAAUGGAAAUCAAUUUUAAUGCCUUAUGAAAAUGCAGAAAUAUUUGUCUCGUUUAUUGCACUUCCAAAAAGGACAGAUAAUAAAAUUCCCCUGAUUAACAAUCUGUAAUUUUAUGUGCUCUGUGGUGUCUAGUUCAGAACAUCUAUCCACAUAAACAUGCUUCAAAAUAAUAAGCAAAGAUAGAUCUGAACAAACUCCCUAAAUCUAACUUCACUCUGAAUUCCAGGCUGUAGUAACUGUCUCUGUAUAUUCAAAGCCCUCUCUGAUCUGAAUAUGCCCAAGCUUUGAACAAGUAAAUACUUUACUUUAAAAAUCUUUAACCAAACAUUCCUCAAGCAACCAUUUAGUAUGCGUUUGGACUACAAACAAAAACCCCAAAGCAACUGGGGACCUGCCUAUAUGAAAAGAACUUGCAGAACACAAUUAGAAUUACUGCAUUAUACAGGGAGAUAAUAGUAUUCUAAAGAGUAAAAUUAAAUGGAAAAAGAUAUUUUUCAGGAGAGUGAACUAUAUUAAAAUAUUUUGUUGGCUUGAUAAAAUUCUUGAGAACCUUUCAAUGCACAAUUGAGAAAUGAGUGUAGACAUUCAGUAAUUCAUGUGGAUUUACAACAGUUAUCUCUCGAGCAAUUAAAAUGAGAUUAAAAAAUGUGUGGGAUUCUUCAGUGUAUUUUGUGGCAGUUCUAAGACCAUAAAUUAAGGCUUUAGCCUCAUUAUAUCAUAUGUUACAACAGAAUUUGUUCUUUUGUGGCUGCUGUGGUUGAGUACUUGGGCAGCACUGUUUCUGGAGUGCAGGUGUGUACUUGCAUCAAGUAAACCUCACAUUCAGUAAGCUUUCUUGAAUCCAUCUGCUUUUCUGUGCAUUUGUAUAAAGCCUUGUAAUAUGCAAUACGAUAUGCAUAAUUCUUAGAAAGAGGCCUCAUUUAUUAUGUUGCUAAUGCUCCUCAGAAUAACUUAGCUAGAGGACAAAUUCUGCCAAUUACUUGGAAGUGUUAACUCUGCCAGUUAGAUUUGCUGAAUUUUGUACAUUUGUUCUUUGAGGGAGAAAUGUUGAAAUACAUUUUUUUCUUCCUCUCUUCCUUAUUUUUUAUUUUGUCACUCCUCUGUGAGAUUUACAACCAGCUUCUCUGCACUUGACAAGAUACUACAUUAAUCCAAUGAGCUUCUUUCCUGUUGGAUAAAAUUUCACUGUAAAAAAGAUGGAAGGCUGGUGCCUGGGCCAGGAAACAUCAAAGCAUCAUUAGCAUUUCACGCACCAGCUUAGCAUUUGCAAAGCUUUCAAAAACAAACAGUUGGUAAAAUACAAAUAAUGGUCAGCUGGCUUACAGAAUGAAAAUUUAAUUCCAAAUUGCCUUUGUUAAAGUUAGCUACCUGCACGUCAGUUCCUCUGCCCACCAAGGAUUCUGUUCACUAACAUAUUUCAAAAUGCAGACUGUCAAAAAUAUUGACAGCUAGCACUAGCUGAAUAGCAUUUCCUGCAGCAAAACUGUGAUCUGUUUAAGGCUCUUUGUUUGGGGUUGUGAAACAUUUCUUGAAUUCUGCAGAUUUAUUUGCCAUGCAUGAACAUUAAUAACAUAAACUGUAAAAAAAAAAUAAUGGCCCAGUGGAUAUCUCUUCCUGCUGAGAGCAGGGAGAAGAGAGCUGAUGGGAAGCGAGGUUGUCUGAACAGCCAAAUAUUGCCUGCAAAUGUGACAUUUCAUGUCUUCCUUUUCGUUCUUUUGCAAUAUUAGUAUGAGAAUCCUGGUUAUCAAAAGAGUUGGCUGAAUAACACCCUUUCUCAGAUCCCCAAACCCAGAUUUAUGAAUAUAUUGGUGAAUCAGCCAUCCAAAUUCAGAUAGCUAUUAUUCCAAGGGUAAUAGUAUCACUCGGGCCGUAUUUUACAAUGUGCUUGCAGCUGAGGGCAUUUCUCAAUUGACAGUAUUAAGCCUUCAUCACAAAUGUUUGAAUAAGUGUUUAUCUGGUACUGCUUAUUAUCCAAUAAUUCUCAAAAUUUCAAUUUUUUCUUUUGAAAAUUUUCACUUGCUGCCCCAGAACCAACAGAUCAAAUUCAACCUUCAAAGGUGAUACCGGAAAAAAUACUUUGGGGUGCUCUGAACAGAAGUGAUGAAAUUAAGAAUGAAAUAAAAUGAAAUGAUGUUAGGUUUAGGAGGAUUGCUGAAAUUGGUAUCUACUAAACUCUGGCAAUAAUUCUGAAGUUGGUGGAGCUCAUUUUGCUAAGGGCAAUUAAAAAAUGCCUGAAAAAAUAUUGCAGAAUAUGCUAUAGUAACAGUAUACUGCAUCAGCCAGGAGCUGGAUUUGAUUAAUAUUUUUCCUCUAAGGCUUGGUAUACAUGAGAACGAAUGGUUGAUGUCUGAAACAAUUUUAUUUGUUAAGGCUUGGGAUUUCAGUUUUACUUGUUAAGACUUGGGAUUUCAGUUCUCAUAAUUGAAAAAGACUGCUUCGAUGUAUUGAUGCAGGUUUGGUCUGACUAUUUUAGUUCCAGAGCAUCUCUACAAGCUCUUGAUUUGUACGCAGGCUGGACAGUCAAUUUAUGAAGCGUCACUGCCAGCAUUUGCAGAAAUGAGAAAUGAUAUAUUAUUUAAAUAUUUUGCUUUUCUGAACAGCUUAGUUACAUUAAAAUUGCACGGUAAGAUAGCAGAAGUGGCUUUCCCCCCCUGCUUUUAAAAAAGGUUAAUUUAGAAGCAAACUUGAAGUGGAAUGUUGGAUCGGAACCACAUUAGUGCUUUGAGAAAACCUGUACCUGCAUGCAGCUCUAUCUCAUGACAUUGUGGCUCAGCCUUAAGCUCUUUGCCUAAGUAAAUGACAUCACUCUUGAUCUUAUUUUGGAACAUACAAGGCUAAGCUUUUUCCAGAAUCCAAAAAUGCCAUCAACUUAAUAUUUGCAGAGCGUGCUUUUUCUACUCUUUAUUCUUCUUCCCCUUAUAAAUCUUGCAAUCAAUAUCAUAUAAUACACAGAGAACAGGAUAUGGCAUUGCCACGUUUUUCAGCAGGAGUGGGGAACAUUCUACUUGCCAAGAGCUGAAGAGGCCAUUGAAAUGCCUUUAGUUGGCCUCUUGUCAAUUUGGAUGGGUAUAUAUUGACUUAAGUUCACAUUUCCCAUAUUUUUGUGAUUUAUUUGUGUUACCCAAAUCAGGGAGGUUGAAAUAAUUUGGGCCAAAACUCAGUUCAGUGAACUCCAAAAUAUUCUGUCUUUUGGUCACUAUAAAUUCCUCUUGAUUCAUCCCAUCACUGCUCUGUCAACCAACACACCCAACACAGGGACUCUCCCUGUGCCCUCGUGUAGUUGGACUCUUGUAUAACAUUGCAGGUUCCCUGGGACGCUUCCAGUGAAUUGCAGCUUACCCAGAGCUGACUGUUUUUUAUUUAUUUUCCCUUCGAAAACACGCUUCCACAUAACCCUGCCUCACCCUGUUCUUCCCAAAGGGAUGGCUAGAGCAGAUUAUCAAUGCGUAGAUCAUUUACCUCUUGUUGGUUUAACUGAGUGUUCAGUUUUGCUUGUCAGUUUACCUUCCCUAACCUUUAUUUUCCAGAUGGAAUUCUACUUGUAGUGCCCAGCACUGAGAAAACAAAAAUCUGUUUCUUUAAGACAUCACAAUAUUAGCAUUCGGAAAGAUGUUUACUGAUAUAUUCAGCAAGAGAGGAAACUGAUUGCUACUUCACGGUGAAGUUUCUGUGUUUUAAAUGUUAAUUGUUUUUAAGCACUUUGGAGUUUUCCGUGGCCUCUAGGUCUUUUUUUUUUUUUUCCUAUAAAUGAUAGUUGAUACAAUCUCUUACGAAAUGGGGUUAAAAAAAAAAUACUUUGCUGUCCUAGUUUCAAGUAACCUUCUGAAGUUCAAGUGGACCAAUUACACAUAAGAGGACAACAACUUUUGUAAAGCUUCAUUUGAAUCCCAGAGGGGAAAAAUGAUAGAAAAUCAAUUAACUUUCCACAUGAAAAAAUAGCUCAUAUUGCUAAGCUUUCCUUGCAUAGUUUCUUGAUUAUGUUUGGAAGCAAAUUGCCUUGAUUAUACCUUUGACGGGAAGGAAAGCCUUUUAAUUAAUUUAAUACAUGCUAUAGCAGUGCUAAAUUGUAUCAUGGAACUAUUAAGUGGGCCUCCACUGAUAUUUUUGCCCUGUUGAAAAUGGAUAUUGCUCGCUUAGUGAGUCAUGCUCUUGCUGGGUUGACGCCAUUAUCUGUUCAUUGCAGAGCAUGUGAUAUAGAAGCUAUUAGGGCCAUUCAUGUAUAUGAGUGGCUAAAUGGAGUAAACAAAAAGCCAAUUUCAGUGAAGAGUCUGAAAUGUUUCCUUUGGUCAAAAUUUUGGAGAAAUUUGAGCUACACUUCAGUCUCUUGUACCCACAGUGGGGACUGAACCAGGCACCUGAGCCCUAACACAACCCCUGCUUGGGAAUAUUCAGGCUUCAUAUCUAAUUUCUGCUGGUCCUAGACUGAAAUGAGAAGUGAAAGUGAUUCUCUGUGUCAUGUACUGACAGGUGGUCCUCAAACUGCUGUUUAGCUAUGAGCUAUUGAUAGUGAAUUUGUUGUAGCAUUGAGUACGUGAGCUUCUUCUUAAAAUCAGUGUUUGUCUCAGGCUCUUAGCUGAAAAUAAUUGCAUUUGUUGUGUUUGCUGAGAAUAAAAUUUUUAAAUGAUACUAUUAAUUCAAGUGUUCAAAAUAUAUUGAGAAACAGUAUGUUCUUUUUACAAAGAAUGUGUUCUUGUAUCAUUAAUGGUGUUAAAUUAUAUAUUUGAAAUACAAUUAAUAUUAAGAAAUAUCUUGA